AUGGGCGGAAAGGCAUACGCUAGGGCCUCCCUGGCCGAAGCUUCCAAAUAUGAAAAAGGGCCCGAAGUCACUUUCCCGACCGGGGGACCUGAGCUAGCCGAACAUGAUGACGCGCUGGUGAUAUCAGCCAGAAUCGCCAGCGCGCAAGUAAGAAGGAUCAUGGUCGACACUGGGAGCUCGGCCGACAUACUUUAUUGGGAUGCCUUCCAGAAGCUCGGCCUGGUCAAGGAGAACAUGAAGCCGGUAUGCUCGACGCUCACGGGGUUUACCGAGCAAGGGCCCAAUCCCCGCUGGAGGACCCCCGGGAGUCCCCGCCCCGAGCCGAGGGAAUCCACCAUCGACCUGCCGCUAAUCAAAGGCAGGCCCGAUCAAACAAUCAAAGUCGGGUCGGGACUGCCCGAACUGGAGCAACAGCAGCUCGUCGGCCUUCUGCAAGCCAACGCCGACAUCUUCGCUUGGACGCCAUCAGACCUAGUAGGAGUCCACCCAGAAGUCGCGCUACACCACCUAAACAUCUCGUCCGACGCCCGUCCGGUGAAACAAAGGCCCAGGCGGCAGGCCCCGAAUCGGCAACUUGCCAUCCGAGAAGAGGUAAACCGACUUCUGGCGGCCGGUUUCAUAGAAGAAGCCAGGUACCCACAAUGGCUCUCCAAUGUAGUCCUCGUCAAAAAGCCUAAUGGAAGCUGGCGUAUGUGCAUUGACUACACUAGUCUCAACAAUGCAUGUCCGAAAGACUGCUACCCCCUACCGAGGAUCGACCAGCUAGUCGACGCCACAACCGGCCACGCCCGUCUCUCGUUUAUGGAUGCCUUCUCAGGGUACAACCAAAUCAGGAUGGCACCCGAAGACCAAGAACACACAACCUUCCUCACCGAGCAGGGGGUAUACUUUUACAAAGUCAUGUCGUUCGGGUUGAAAAAUGUCGGGGCCACGUACCAGAGGACGGUGAACAGGAUGUUCGCCCAUCAAAUUGGACGAAACAUGGAGAUAUACGUCGACGACAUGAUCGUGAAGAGCCGAACCGCGAAGGCUCAUUCUUCCGACCUGGCUGAAACAUUUGACACCCUGCGAAGGUUCGGCCUGCGCCUCAACCCUGCCAAGUGCGCCUUCGGCGUAACCUCGGGAAAAUUCCUUAGAUUCAUCAUACACGAGAGAGGGAUUGAUGCCAACCCGGAAAAGGUCCAGGCUAUCAUUGACAUGCAACCUCCUCGGACGAUUAGAGACUUGCAACGCCUUAACGGGAGGCUAGUCGCCCUGUCACGCUUCCUUUCCCGAUCGGGAGAUCGCUGCCUCCCCUUCUUCAAGGCCCUGAAGGGUCCAAAAAGCUUCCAAUGGACGGCGGAAUGUGAAAGGGCCUUCGAACAGAUGAAGCAACACCUAGCCAACCUCCCCCGACUCGCUUCGGUCUCCCCAGGGGAGAAAUUGGGUCUCUACCUCGCCGCCUCUCGGCACGCGGUCAGCUCGGUUCUGGUCAAGGAAAACUCCAGCGACCGACUGCCGGUCUACUAUGUCAGCCACAUGCUGAGCGGGCCAGAGGGACGCUACCCACCAAUCGAAAAGCUGGCGCUGGCGCUCGUGCUAUCAGCGCGAAAGCUCCGCCCCUAUUUCCAGGCCCACCCGAUAGAGGUAAUAACUGACCAGCCACUUCGGCUUGUCUUGUCUAAAUUUGACGUUGCAGGGCGUCUCCUCAAAUGGGCAGUGGAGCUUGGCGAGCACGACAUACGGUACAUACCUUGGACCGCCAUUAAAGCCCAGUCCGUGGCCGACUUUAUCGCAGAGCUGACCCCGAUCACAGGCGAAGAACCCGAACCACCUUGUGAGACAUGGACUCUCCACGUAGACGGAUCGGCCAACGCAAAGGGCGCCAGCGCGGGGCUGGUGCUGGUUGCACCUGACGGUCGCUCGAUCGAGCGUUCCUUCCGCUUCGGGUUUAGAGCCACCAAUAACGAAGCAGAAUACGAAGCUCUCCUGGCGGGGCUCCAAUUGGCACUAGAAAUGCGGGUGUCCGACAUACACGUCCUCACCGACUCGCAGCUGGUGGCUGAGCAGCUCGACGGCGGGUACGAAGCCCGGGACCCGACCAUGGCGAAAUAUCUGGCACAGGUAAAAAACCUUGCCACCAAGUUCACCCGUUUUGAAUUGUCUAGAGUUCCCAGGAGCGAGAACCAGCGAGCCGACGCUCUGACAAAGCUGGGAUCCGGUUCGGAUCCCUGGGCUCAACCCGGGACCAAAGAGCCCCUUCGCCGAGCCACAGAGAUCGUCACCACGGUCACAGACGGCGCGCCGACCACGUGGGUACAAGAGAUGCUGCGCUUCAAGCGGGACGGGACCGUACCCCACGACGAGACCACGGCUCGACGUUUGCGUCGGACGCAGGCGUGGUACUCUGAAGAAGGACGGCUAUACAAGCGGUCCUUCUCGCGCCCCUUGUUACGCUGCCUAGAGCCCAACGAAGCCCAGACAAUUCUGUCCGAGAUGCAUGAAGGGACCUGCGGGGAACACAUAGGCGAACGAACCCUGGUGCACAAGAUACUCCGACAGGGUUACUACUGGCCGACCAUGCGCCAGGACGCAAAAGCUUUCGUGCGGCGAUGCAGCUCAUGCCAGGAGCACGCCCGCACCGCCCGAGGGCCGGCGGUCAUGUUCACCCCCGUCGACUGUGCCUGGCCAUUCGCGCAGUGGGGGUUGGACAUACUCGGGCCUCUCCCGCCCGCCUCCGGGCAGCGUAAGUACAUCAUCGUAGGAGUGGACUACUUUACCAGGUGGGUCGAGGCCGAGCCCCUAGCAACCAUUACGGAGUCACAAUCCAUCGUCACCGACAAUGGGCCUCAGUUCGCCAGCAGGAGGUUCCAGGAAUUUUGCGCUAAGCACAAGAUUCAGCUGAGGUUCAGCUCGGUGGCCUACCCCCAAGCGAACGGACUGGCUGAAGUAACCAACCGGGCUCUCAUCGACGGUCUCAAGAGAAGGGUGUCCGCUGCCCGGUCGGCUUGGGUCGACGAGCUCCCGAGCGUGCUAUGGGCACUACGCACCACCCCCAAGACCCCGAUGGGGGAGUCUCCCUACAACCUCACGUUCGGGACCGAGGCCAUACUGCCAUCCGAAGUAGCCGUCCCGACUCCACGGACAGCAGGCUACAACGAAGAGACCUCGGGUGAAGGGGUCCGAUCCAACCUGGAUCUACUCGAAGAAAAACGGGCUGACGCGCACCGGAAAACCCUUUCUUACAAAAGAGCCGUAGCAAGGGUCUACAACCGAAGGGUACGACCCCGGUUGAUAAAGCUAGAGGACCUGGUCCUGCGCAAAGUCGAGGUCAGCCACCCGACCCGAGUAAGGGGGAAACUGGCCCCGAAGUGGGAAGGACCCUAUCGGGUCAUCGGAGUAUCCCGACCAGGGACGUUCCGGCUCGCAACAAUGGAUGGCGACCCCGUACCCAGGACUUGGAACAUACAGAACCUUAGGAAAUACUUCGUCUGA